CUUUAUUGACACAUUCCUUGUGAGCAGGGAUCAAGCAGGGUUGUCCUUCAGUACAGCUAACCAGACAGCCUUCACCCUGGCUCAUUCUUAGCCUACCUGGAAUAACUGUACUCAAAAGGAAGUUAUACCGCUGUGGACUAUGGCGGCAAGGAUUUUGCCCGUAGUGAAACUGGCCACCAAGGUGACCAUUGCAGGAGGAGCUCUGUACGUUGCCUGUGACUCUGGUCUGUUGGGAAGCAGUGAGCAGGGCUCAGAGGCCCUGGAGAAGGCCAAGGCUGCAAUACCCCCUGCUAUUCAGGAAUGGAUGAAGUACUUUGGCCUGGAGGCUCAGCUUCCAACCAUGCCUAAGAUUGAAUUCUCCCCUGUUCAGUCAUGGAACUCUGGAGUGCGGUGGACAAUUUCAACUCUUUCAGAGGCUCCUACAAAGGCAACUGAAUACUCAAAUCAGGGUCUGCAGUACCUGAAAGACCUCACUAAGUAAACAGGAACUCUCUGGGCAACCUGACAUUUAUUGACUUUUGCACUUGAGAAACAACAUUUCUUCUUCAAAAGUUAUAGCCCCUCGCAAGAAAGAAGAAACUCUCAACACAAAAGAAAACUGCUAUAUGAAAUUCAGCUGCAAGGAGUGUAGUCUCCUGACUGGUACUGUGGUUCUCUAAAUGAUAGCGGUAUUGGUUGGUAGUUGAACAUAAUGCAAAAAAGUAAAAAGUUUUUUUGUUUUGUGUAUACCACAAUUUUGUGUGUGCAGACUGAUUCACUUCCCCUUUUUUUUCAAACCAUCCAAAUAAUGUAAUGAAGAGAGUGUCUGUUGUAUAUAUGCAGUUUCACCACUUGUGACUAAGUAAUACAUCAAUCUUAAAACCUG